GCGAGGGAGAGGAAUAUUGGUCCAGCAGCAGCAUCUGUGGUCGCAGCGGAGCGGAGCGGUGACGGAGACCCGGGACUUGGCGACGAAAAUGUGGGUAAAUUAAGCGUGACUCCCGGUGGAGAUGCACGAAGCGGCCGCGUAAAGUCUGACCCUGCUCCGUCCGACACAGAUCACUGCGGAGAUCUGACUUUACCCCAUCAAUGAGAUAUGUGGAGCGGCUCUACCUCUCGGUGGUAACGCAGAAAAACACAAGAUGAAGAAGCAGUUCAAUCGAAUGAGACAGCUCGCCAACCAAACAGUUGGCAGGGCAGAAAAAACAGAAGUACUGAGUGAAGAUCUACUACAGGUGGAGAAGCGUCUGGAGCUGGUGAAGCAGGUCUCCCACAGCACUCACAAGAAGCUGACGGCGUGUCUGCAGGGACAGCAGGGCGUGGAUGUGGAGAAGAAGUCUGUCAGAUCUCCAUCGAAAAAGCUCCCCCUGACUACGCUAGCACAAUGUAUGGUGGAGGGGUCUGCUGUGCUGGGGGACGACUCGCUCCUGGGGAAGAUGUUAAAACUCUGUGGAGACACGCAGGACAAACUGGCCCAGGAGCUCAUCACGUUCGAACUCACCAUCGAGAGAGACGUCAUCGAGCCGCUCUACGACCUGGCAGAGGUGGAAAUCCCAAAUAUCCAGAAACAAAGGAAACAUUUAGCGAAGCUGGUCCUCGACAUGGACUCUGCACGGACGCGGUACUACCAGUCCACGAAAUCUUCAGGACUGUCCAGUAACAUGCAGCCGACAGGAGCCAAGGCGGACCACCUCAGGGAAGAGAUGGAGGAGGCAGCCAAUCGCAUGGAGAUUUGUAGAGAUCAGCUAUCAGCAGACAUGUACAGUUUUGUGGCCAAAGAAAUAGACUAUGCAAGCUACUUUCAGACGUUGAUAGAGGCUCAAGCCGAGUACCACAGGAAGUCAUUAGAACUGCUCCAGAGCAUACUGCCCCAGAUCAAAGCGCAACAGGAGUCCUGGGUGGAGAAGCCCUGCUAUGGCAAACCAUUAGUGGAGCACUUAGCACUCAGUGGGAGAGAUAUUGCCUUUCCCAUAGAGGCCUGUGUCACCAUGCUGCUGGAGUGUGGCAUGCAGGAGGAGGGUUUGUUCAGAGUGGCUCCUUCAGCUUCAAAACUAAAGAAGUUGAAAGCCUCGUUAGACUGUGGGGUAUUGGACGUCCAGGAGUACAGCGCAGACCCUCACGCCAUUGCAGGUGCUUUGAAAUCCUACCUUCGAGAACUCCCUGAACCACUGAUGACCUUUGACCUUUACAAUGACUGGAUACAGGCAUCAAACAUCCAAGACCAAGACAAGAGACUGCAGGCUCUUCUUGGUGCUUGUGAAAAACUACCACCAGCGAACGGCAACAAUUUUAAGUAUUUGAUCAAGUUUCUCUCUAAACUCACUGAAUACCAAGAUGUGAACAAGAUGACUCCUGGAAACAUUGCCAUCGUCCUGGGACCAAACCUGCUUUGGACACACAAUGAAGGAAAUAUUACAGAGAUGAUGACAACCGUUUCUCUCCAAAUCGUCGGCAUCAUUGAGCCGAUCAUUCAACAUGCAGACUGGUUCUUCCCGGGAGAGAUUGAGUUCAAUGUCACAGGGAACUAUGGCAGCCCAGUCCACACGAACCACAAUGCCAACUACAGCCUGAUGCCCUCUCCGGAUAUGGACCAGAUCGAGCGGAAACAAAAUGAUCAAUGUAGACGACCUCUCAGCGUUGCCACGGACAACAUGAUGCUGGAGUUCUACAAGAAAGAUGGCAUUAGGAAGAUCCAAAGCAUGGGCAUCAGGGUCAUGGACACUUCCUGGGUGUCACGCAGGGGCUCGCGUAAAUGUUCAUCCACGCCGCCCCACGUGCACCCACCCACCCCGCCCAUUGACGCGCUCAGUCACCCCCUCCCAACCCCUCCACCCAAUAGCAGCGACCGUGCCAGCUCUGAUGAUGCGUCCUCGAAUUGGUCGGACUCCUGUUACACGUACCCCUCUCCCGAUGAGGAAAGACCGCCGCCCCCUUACCCUUACUCCUCCUCCCUCUCCUCUUCCUCCUCCGGCUCUGCCUUUUCUGCCCCCCAUCACCACUUCUACACCCGAGCACCCCCGAGUAUGCGCCCCUUUGCCUCUAACCCAGAGUGUGUGUCCCCGCCUGGCCCCUCCCCUCCUCCGCGCUGGUCCGUGUUUAGCCCCCCUUCGCUCUCAGCUUUUUGCUCUCUGGACGUGAACUCUAACCCCAAAUCCCUGUCUGAACCCCAGCAUGCGCCCCUCGCUUCUGAAUCGAACGGGUCGAAUCUUUAUAUCAAACCUCCGCUCGUUCUCACACGCCACGAUCUGUUCCCAAACUGCCCCCCCAGACCCCACAGCACACCCCUGUCCGCCCCCCCUCCCUGGUCGGCCUGUGCUUGUACCAAAGACAGAGGCACCAGGCUGAAUAGCACCCUAAAGAACAAGGAGCUGUCUCCGGUGAUUGGGCAGAAAGGGCUUCAGGGAACAGUGACCUCUAGUGGCCCUUCUCAGCUAUCAGAGCACAGCCCACAUUCACUAAGAAGAGCAAAGAAACUAGCCCCUAUCCCACCUAAGCCCCCCUAUUCUCAGACAGGAGCGAUCUCAGACCAGUCUACGGGACAGCCCUCUCCGGUUAGCCUAUCUCCCACUCCCCCCAGCACCCCCUCUCCCUACGGCUUCAGUUACCCUCAAGGUUACGCCACCAUAGGCUCCCCCAUACAGGUGCAGUCCGCUACCACGCCCUCCCUGUCUUCUCCCCCUUCUCUGGCCGGGACCCUCACCAAGGCCCGACCGACGCCCAAACCUCCCCGAAAUAGACCCAGCCUGCCUCCCCCUCAGCCCCCCAGCACCCCUGGGACCAGCCCACAGCCUCUAGACCACUCCACUGGGCUGCUAGAUGGACUAUCGCAAGGGGAGAGCAUGUCCACAGAUUCUUUCUGUAACCUGGAGAUCCCAGUCAUCAACAUGGAGCUGGACAGUAUUUUCGACAUGCCUCACAUCUCAAACUUCAGAAACUCAUUGACAUUUUACGAAUCGAGCCACAAGGGGGCGGAGUCUGAGGAGGAGUCUGAGAGCACAGUGCUAUGACAUUGCUGGCUUUAGCUUUAUUUAGCUUUAGCUGUUCAAAACAUCAUCUACAUCUCUGCACUAUGGAAUCAACAAAGGAGGACACAGUCAGAUCUCAAUGUAGUCCUGGACUUUUGGUCAAUAGGGUUUUUACAUUUGCUGGUUUUAUUCAUGGCAUAUACAGUAGGUUUUUAAUUGUUUGUUUUUUUUUAUUUAUGUUUUGCCUUAUUUGAAUCACUUGCAAUAUUGCCUUUAAAUCACAAAUACUGGACUAUAGCUGCUCAAAGGACCAAGUGCUCUUUGCUCAGAAGAAACAAAACCUGUACAUCUGUCGCUUAGGAAAUUUUGAGUUGAUCCUAUGUUGCCAUCUCUAGUUUGUCCUUUUUUCUCAGGGUUGUCAAUAGAAAGAUUCAGCACUAAAUUAUGGUGGCAACAAUCCCUGAUGUGUGUCCCAAUGUGAGUGUGCCAUUAUUUUCUGUUUGUGUGUUUUUGCAUGUUUUUACAGUGGUAAUAGGUUUUUGGAAAGCUAGGCUGGAAAAACAAUUCCCAGAUCAUCUCACUACUCAAAUCAUUCAAAUGUUUUGGUUUAUAAGAAUAUAGACUAUAGAUCGAACUUUCCAGAGGGAAUCAUUUGAAAUUUUGCAAUCAUGGACAAUUUAAUCAUGACAGUGGCAGAUACAUUGUGCAUCUGAAAAUGUUAAGUAAAAGUAAAAAAAAAAAAAAAAAAAAAAAAAAACAGUCUGCAGUAUAUUAUGGCAACUCAACUCUCAUGAGGAUGAACAUUAUCAAAUCAUUUUGGCAGCAAGAGAAAAUACUUUACAAAUAAGGAGCAGAUAUUCAUGAAAAUGAUAAAGUCCAGUCAGUCAUUGUAGUUAGCCAUGCUGCGCUCAGUGUCUCCAUCAUGGUUGCAAGAGCAGUUUUAAGACAUUUAAUAUAUUUUGCUAAUUACUGGUGACUCAGAAAUAGGUACAGAAGUGUUUAUUUUAAAGAGAAUAUUUGUACUGAUAUAUUUAAAGUAAUUUUAGAAUGAAUCACUUGGGACCAGACUAUAUCCACUGAUGAAUUCAGAUGAAAACGAGGUUAGUUUUGGGUGUGAUACUUGCCUUGAGAUGGGCCUUUGGACCUGUCACGGUUUGUAAGACUUUAUGUUGGUGCAUCCGCUUCACUUGGCCUCAAAGUCACUGUGCUGCUCCCAUUGUGUUUGUUUAAGUGCGUUAUUAUUAUUAUUAUUCACUAUAGCUUUGUAAAUAGUGUCUGUACAUAUGUGUUGUGUAUAUAGUGAAGGGGAGAAAUUUAAUAUUUACAGAUAUAAUAUACAGAAAAGAUAAUGCUGACAGUAACAUUGUAUUGUAAAUAUAAAUAUGAUACAUUAUGACAAUACAGUAGUUCUAGCACAAUGUUGCCAGAAUCACUUAAAUAACAAGUAGUUUUAACAAGUUUAUCUGUUACUGUUUGUAUAUUUUAUGGCACUGACUUCAUAGUUUUUUCAAUUAAAAACAAUCUCACUGCUUUUCUGGUGAUCUGAUUUCCCAGUACUGCCUUUGUGUCCUUGGGCAAAACUGUUCACUCAUACCAUCUACUCUAGUCACAAGUUGUGUUUCAAAAGAAAGUCCAGUAGAUAUAAAUCACCAAAAACAAAGUAACGUGACAAUGUGAUAUGCAUAAAUAUGAACCCACAAAUACGACUGAAGGAAGCUAGUUCUUUGAGAUGAUGAAUUCACAGCAACACAGGGAAAUCAGAUCAAUAAACUUCACAUAAUGCAGAAUAGAAACAAAACAAAAACACAUGUUAAGCUCAAGACCUCAUUUCAUUUCACAGUUGAUAAAAAACAGACAAAAUACCUACUGCAAACUCAAAAUCAAAUACAGUAAUGCCAUAACAGCCACGUUGUAAUCCGCAUGAGACACUGGUGUUUUAAACAUGUAAAAUAAAAAACUGUCACUGAUCACAAAUUUGUAAGUUGUUGUUGGCUGUGCUGAGGUGAAUGGUCUGUCUUGUCUCUGUCCAAAUCUGUGUUUUACAACGUGCUGCUCUUUGUUUUGUACUAAAGGGUAUAAAACCUGUAAAUAAAUCCAUUCAAUACAACUUUAUGAACAAUAUAAGACAGACGGUGACAAACUCCAGUAUUACAGCUUUUGAAAGCAUGAAGCCCUUUGAACACGGACAAACAAAAGCCUUUUUUUACACAAAUAGGUGGAAUGUAAUGGUCAUAGACACCAUUUUGAUCAUGUGUUGUAUUGCAAAGUAAAUGGAAACAUUGAGAGGGUGGGUGGGGAGUAUGAUUCAUUAUUGUCCUGUGUGAAAGUUAGCCGCAUGCUUUUUAACCAUGAAAUGAACAAUGUCUCAUCUUUGGUCCUAAACAAAUGUGAUCGUAUUUAUUUUUAUAAGUGAUGAGAGUUUGCAAGAGAAAAAUAAUCAUUCCUGUCCUGAUUUGAGUGUCAUAAUUUAUUGUGCGUUUUUACCACUAACCACUUUUUCUAUUUUAAUGUCUUCAUGAACAAGAAAAGCACAUGAAAUUUAAAAUGGUUGUCAAAAUAAAUAAAGCAUUCAAUUUGGAUUUUCUAUCUGCAAUAUCACAUUUUAUUUACAAUUUGUCCACUGCAUGUAGCCACUAAAGGUAAUAGUUUUCACAAUUAAUGGGAGCCAAAAUAAAAGGGAACACAAUAGACCUAAAAUAUGUCUCUUGUGUCAAACUAGUGAUGAUGUGGACUGAAAAGAGGAAGAGAAAAUGCCUUUUUUGGACAUGUUUUGUUUUCGCUGGUCACAGAGUGGACGCAGUGUGUACUGUAAAAUACUCCUCAUCCGAAUGUUGAAACUAUUAAAUAUGUUUUUACAUUAA